AUGGCCCCGAAGAAGGGCAAGAAGGAGGAGGACGAGGUUGCAGAAGCAGCUGUUGCACCAACCGAGCCUGUGGAGGAGGUUCCGAAACCUCGGAAAGUCUGGUCCUAUGGCAUCAACAACCACGUGGACCACUUGGCUGCAGAGACGUUGCAGGCCUUCAAGGGCAUUGGCGACUUCCGGCAGGACUUUGCCGGCUUGUGCGAUGCGCUGGACAUCGUGGGGCAUCAUGCCCUGAUGCCUGAGAAAGACUUGGAAGCUCCUCGCGAGGCAGGCCCAUCAGCGGUUCUGACACUGCAAAGCCAGUUGCUGGAUCGUGCAUCUAUGUUGGUUAUGAAGGCAAUUCUACCAACCUCUCUGCACUUGGACACAGUGCGCCUGAGUGGAUGCAGCCUGGACAUAGAGUUGCUACACUUGCUACGCGAAGCCUUGACUUCAGAGACGACAGUGCGAAGCUUGCACGUGGAGUGGAACCGCAUGGAGUUGGCACUGGAUGACAAGAUCCGGGAGUCAUUGAACGAGGCACAUCACUGGACGGAAAUCGAUGAGGCCGAGAAGAGUUUGUUCCACUCAAGGGCGCAGCGUUCGUUGACGAUGUUCCGGGAGGAGCUGGAGUCAAGACAAGGUGGCGACGUAAAGUUGGCCAUCCAGCGGUUAGCGGAACAUGCAGUCGCAGGGCAUCCGGUGACAGCAUCGCUUUGGCCCAUGGACAUCAAUUCCUGGGUGUCUACCUUCUACGAUGUUUUUCACAUGGAUGUCCUUGAUUGUGAGCCUGUGUUCAACAUCCUCGACUCUGACUACGGUGACGGCGACGGGUUCGUGCCUCUGGCGAGGCUGCAGGAGGUGUUGGAGGGGCUGCCCACCGAUCCGCCGGAGAGUGAAGAAAGGCUCCUCCCUCCUGCUCAAUGCCCAGAGUUCCAAGAUGAGAUCGGCUCCGCCUUUGGGGCAUUCUUGGACCGCACGAGCCCACUGGAAGUAAUCUCCUUCAGGUGUUGCAAUCUGGGUCGCCUGGAGGUUCAGGCCAUUAGCUCAUGCUUGGCGAGUCCAUCCCCGCACCUGCGUGCGCUUAAUCUCUGGGGCAACAAAAUCUGCGACCGUGGUGCACAAGCCUUGGCACAGGCACUCGAAUACAACUUCGGGCUGCAAUUUCUUGGGCUCGGUCGCAACUUUGUCACCCAUGAAGGCCUCCGAGCCCUGUGCAACGUGCUGGGGACACGGCGACUCGAGGAAAAGGCCGCUGCUGAGAAAGUCAUCAAGCACUUGAAGGACCAGCAGAAGGAGGUGGAAAAGAAGCGAAAAGCUUUCGGGGCCCCGCCGAAGGAUGCCAACGGCCGAGAGCGCUAUUGGCCAGAACCACACUUGGACACCUGCGAAGAGUUUAAGGACGACUCAGGCACGCCCUUUUGGAUCUGGACUCGGAAUACCGUGAUCAAGACGCUGAAUUUGGAGCAGAACCCCAUAAGCGAUGCAGACAUGGUGGAGCGUCUCCAACCACAUGGUACUGGUGCCUUGAUACUGCGUUCAACUCCUUGCACGGCAGUGCUUCUCGAGCGACAGCAGAAGGCCAAGGAGCAAAAAGCCUCCAUGCCAGAAGAUGAGGAAGGCCCCGACGAGACUAGCAAAGGAUGGACCCUGAUCUUGAGCUGA